GAGGGCGGGGAGAUGACACAGUUGUUCCCCCAGCCCUGCGGGGCGGGCAGCAUGGUUCACUCCAGCAUGGGGGCUCCAGAAAUAAGAAUGUCUAAGCCCCUGGAGGCCGAGAAGCAAGGUCUGGACUCCCCGUCAGAGCACACAGACACGGAAAGAAAUGGACCGGACACUAACCACCAGAAUCCCCAGAAUAAGACCUCCCCAUUCUCCGUGUCCCCGACUGGCCCCAGCACCAAGAUCAAGGCUGAAGACCCCAGUGGUGACCCAGCCCCAGCAGCACCCCCGCCCCCCCAGCCGGCUCAGCCACAUCUGCCCCAGGCCCAGCUCAUGCUGACGGGCAGCCAGCUUGCUGGGCUCACGGCGCUGAUGCCGGCUCAGCAGCAGCUCCUCCUGCAGCAAGCGCAGGCCCAGCUCCUGGCCGCCGCCGCAGCAGCCGCCGCCUCCUCCUCCUCCUCCUCUUCCUCCUCCUCCUCUGCCUCCUCCUCGACCUCGCAGCCCCCAGCCUCUUCUGGGGGAGGCGAUCUGCCACCACCACAACCUGCCAGCCAGGCCCCCGGGACCCCACAGCUCACCCUGUCCCAGCCCAUCCAGCUCACAGCACAGGACAUACAGCAGCUCCUCCAGCUCCAGCAGCUGGUGCUUGUUCCCGGUCACCACCUCCAGCCACCUGCUCAGUUCCUGUUGCCGCAGGCCCAGCAGAGUCAGCCAGGCCUGCUACCGACGCCAAAUCUAUUCCAGCUACCUCAGCAAACCCAGGGAGCUCUUCUGACCUCCCAGCCCCGGGCCGGGCUGCCCACACAGGCCGUGACCCGCCCCACGCUGCCCGAACCGCACCUCUCGCACCCGCAGCCUCCCAAAUGCUUGGAGCCACCAUCCCACCCCGAGGAGCCCAGUGACCUGGAGGAGCUGGAGCAGUUCGCCCGCACCUUCAAGCAGCGCCGCAUCAAGUUGGGCUUCACGCAGGGUGAUGUGGGCCUGGCCAUGGGCAAGCUCUACGGCAACGACUUCAGCCAGACAACCAUCUCCCGCUUCGAGGCCCUCAACCUGAGCUUCAAGAACAUGUGCAAACUCAAGCCCCUCCUGGAGAAGUGGCUCAACGACGCAGAGACUAUGUCUGUGGACUCCAGCCUGCCCAGCCCCAACCAGCUGAGCAGCCCCAGCCUGGGUUUCGAUGGGCUCCCUGGCCGGAGACGCAAGAAGAGGACCAGCAUCGAGACAAACGUCCGCUUCGCCUUAGAGAAGAGUUUUCUAGCGAACCAGAAGCCUACCUCAGAGGAGAUCCUGCUGAUCGCAGAGCAGCUGCACAUGGAGAAGGAAGUCAUCCGCGUCUGGUUCUGCAACCGGCGCCAGAAGGAGAAACGCAUCAACCCCUGCAGCGCGGCCCCCAUGCUGCCCAGCCCGGGGAAGCCAGCCAGCUAUAGCCCUCAUCUGGUCACACCCCAGGGAGGUGCCGGGACCUUGCCGAUGUCCCAAGCUUCCAGCAGUCUGAGCACAACAGUUACUACCUUAUCCUCAGCUGUGGGGACUCUCCACCCCAGCCGGACAGCUGGAGGGGGUGGGGGCGGGGGCGGGGCCGCGCCCCCCCUCAAUUCCAUCCCCUCUGUCACCCCCCCACCCCCCGCCACCACCAACAGCACAAAUCCCAGCCCUCAAGGCAGCCACUCGGCUAUCGGCUUGUCGGGCCUGAACCCCAGCGCGGGAAGCACAAUGGUGGGGUUGAGCUCCGGGCUGAGUCCAGCCCUCAUGAGCAACAACCCUUUGGCCACUAUCCAAGCCCUGGCCUCUGGUGGAACCCUGCCCCUUACCAGCCUUGACAGCAGCGGGAACCUGGUGCUGGGGGCAGCUGGUGCGGCCCCAGGGAGCCCUGGCCUGGUGACCUCGCCACUCUUCUUGAACCACGCUGGGCUGCCCCUGCUCAGUGCCCCACCUGGCGUGGGCCUGGUUUCGGCAGCCGCUGCGGCUGUGGCAGCUUCCAUCUCUAGCAAGUCUCCUGGCCUCUCCUCAUCCUCCUCUUCUUCAUCCUCUUCGUCGUCCUCCUCCUCCACUUGCAGCGAGGUGGCAGCACAGACCCCCGGAGGCCCAGGGGGGGCGGAGGCAGGGUCCAAGCCGGAGUGAGGGCCCACCAUGCCUCCCGUCCUACUCCUCUGACCCCUACCUCGGUCCCGGCCAGCGGUGGGGGCGCAGAGGGUCCUUGGAGCAGGAGCAACAAGGGAGGAAAGACCAAAAAAAAAAAACAAAACCCAACCAACCAAAAAAAGAAAGGAAGAAAAGAAAAGAAGAAAGAAAACCAAAAAUAAUCACAACAGAAACCAGCUGCCCCAAAGGAACCAGAGGUGAAAAACAAAAAACCAAAAACAAACAAAAAAUCCCCCACAAAACCAAACAAACCAAAAACCAGUUGCAAGCCAGACCUCACCCUCACUGCUAUGACACCAAAUAAGAACCCCCAGCCAGGGGCCGAGAAACCUCACAGGGCGGACCUCACCGAGCCCCUGGCUGUGGGGCCAACCCUCAACCUUGCUUCCUCCAGUGGGGGCCAGAGAAGGAAACAGAGAAUGUGCCAGCUUCCUAGCCCUAGCCCCCAGUGAAGACAGGACACAGCCUGGGGCAGAGGGGUAGGCUUUGAACCACCUGCCAAAUGUUCUUUUCCAGAAGGUGAAAGAGAAAGGGCCUGAACAAUCUUACACCAAAUAUUCAGUAGCUUCAUCCAAAGGAUGUACAGAAUUUUUAGCGUUGAGCUCAACAGAAUGUGUCCCUACCAUGCAUCCCCCUCUCCCCUGGCCCCCAGCUUUCCCCAUUGGGGCAAGGGGGGCGGUCUCGCUUUAACCUCCUCCUUGUCCCCCACCCCCACCCCCCAGCCAAGGGAGAGUGCAGGGGAAGGCAUGGGAUGACUUUCCACCCCUGUACCUUUCCCUUGUCCCUUGAAAGGGUGGGCUAGGCCAUUUUCACCAAGUUCUAGCUCUCACACACCCUCCCUCAGCCCAUCACCCUCCUCUGGGCUCUCCCUCCUCCCCAGCCCAUGGGAAGGUAGACGUUCCAGGCAAGAGGGGAUGAGGUGAGGACAUUCAAGCUGUCUUUUUUUCACCCUUGUCUGUCAGUUUCCCUGAGAAAAAAAUUCAUAUUCCAGUGCCUAUCCGUGGGAAUCCUUCACGUUCUUUGACAUUGACCAGAAACCAAAAAGAAAAAUCACCUCACCAUCCCCCAUGCCCCUCUGAUACUGGCAGAUGCCUCUUCCUCUCCCCCACACACAUGCAUACCCACACACACCCCCAUGGUGGGGUUCCUCGAGAUGGCGUCUCCAUCAGGGUCCAUGUGGCAGGGACAGUGCCAUGACCUGUGGUCCCCAUCUGAGAGGGCACUGUGGUGGCCACCACUCCCACAAAACCUUCCUCGAGUCUUGGCUGGACCCUGUGUUUAAAUGCUCAGCCCUGGAUACAUCUCAACAACGGACAGAGGAGAGCUGGCGCUGGGAGCCACUUUGCCCUCCUGCUACUGUGGAGGCCAACAAAGUUUUGAACCAAAAAAAAAAAAA